AUGGCGAUUCAAGAAAGGUUGGUGAAGCUAUCUCCAGAGGUUGCUGAAGCUUUGUCAUCUGGGAAUCCUGUUGUUGCUUUAGAAUCCACCAUUAUUUCUCAUGGGAUGCCAUAUCCUAAAAAUUUGGAAACAGCAAAGGAGGUGGAGGCAAUUGUGAGGGAGAAUGGAGCAGUUCCUGCUACCAUUGCAAUUUUGGAUGGUGUAGCUUGCGUAGUCAAUGAUCUUGACUUGGUGAAAGUUAAACGAUUUGCAACGCUCUUUGUUGUGCUUGCAUUGGUUGAGACUGGGAUUGAAAGGGGUUUGAGUAUGGGAGAACUAGAGAGACUUGCUACUCUUGGAACUAAAGCACAAAAGACUGCUCGGAGGGACAUCGCACAUGUUGUGGCUACUAGGGGGAAUGGUGCUACUACUGUUUCAGCAACCAUGUUUUUUGCUUCCAUGGUUGGUAUCCAUGUUUUUGUUACUGGGGGAAUUGGGGGAGUACAUAGACACAGCGAGGAGACAAUGGAUAUAUCUUCUGAUCUUACAGAGCUUGGCAGGACUCCAGUAGCAGUUAUCUCUGCUGGAGUAAAAUCCAUAUUAGAUAUUCCCAGAACCCUAGAAUAUUUGGAAACUCAGGGUGUUUGUGUUGCCACUUACAAGACCAACGAGUUUCCUGCAUUUUUCACGGAGAGAAGUGGUUGCAAGGUUCAGUUGCAAUGUAUACCAACCAAUGUUCUAGGAUUGCACCACUCAACAACAUUCCCUAACGUUAUGUCUGAUGAUAAAAACUCCACACCAUGUUAUGGUCCCUUGAAGUUUGCUGUUGCUUUCAAUCUGAUAUAUAAGCAAUGGUUCAAAUGUUUUUACAAAGAUGUGAACUUGAAAGUUAAGCUUGGAACUGGAAUUCUGAUCGCAGUUCCAAUCCCUAAGGAACACUCUGCUUCUGGAGGCUUAAUUGAGUCUGCUAUACAAAGUGCCCUUAGAGAAGCUAGGGACAAGAAUAUAACCGGCAAUGCUGAAACUCCAUUCUUGCUUGCAAAAGUGAACGAACUCACUGGAGGAGCCUCACUGGCAUCCAGUAUCCUUUCUCUUACAAAGACAGCUAAGAAAGCAAAACAAAUGUCCGGAACUUUCAUCCUUUGUAAACAACUCCAACAAGCUCUGUUUGGACUGGUCUCUUCAACCUUUUCUCCAUCUGUUCCCAUUCAACCACUCACUCUUACCUGGACUAUCAAAACCAGGGAGAGAAGUAAGGUUAGAAAGGGAAAACAGCUGCUGAAAAGAAACUGUAGAGGUACUUUCGAUGUGACAAAUGUUAUAGACGUGGCAAUUCGAUUUUACCAAAUUCAAUGCAAUUGA